CUAGUCACGAAUACUUGUAUUGAUCUUUCUAUCUCGCUCUCUCGCUAGUGAACUAUAAACGAGAGAGCUCAGACAAGUCCAAAGGUCCCUUUCUAUCUUCUAUCAUCGCUCUACAUGAUAAACACAUUAUAUUACGCAGCAUUUCUCUGGGUUUUCUGCGGGUCACCGGAACAGUUUCAUUCAACGGAAGAUGUCUGAGAACGGAGUGUUAUUCCAGUCUCGGGGAAAGGUGCUGACGGUGGACACCAUGAACCCCGCCGUGAAGAAAGUGGAAUACGCGGUCCGGGGUCCCAUCGUCACCCGAGCCGUGGAGCUCGAGAAGGAACUGAAACAGGGUGUGAAGAAGCCGUUCACUGAGGUCAUCAAGGCCAACAUCGGAGACGCCCACGCCAUGGGCCAGCGGCCAAUCACCUUCCUACGACAGGUGAUUGCUCUGUGCACCUACCCGGACCUCUUGAAUGAUAACAAGUUCCCGGAGGAUGCAAAGGAGCGAGCGCGCAGGAUCCUGCAGGCCUGUGGAGGGGGCAGCAUCGGGGCGUACAGUGCCAGUCAGGGUAUCGAGUGUGUUCGUCAGGACGUGGCGCAAUACAUCGAGAGGAGAGACGGAGGAAUCCCUUCCGACCCAAACAACAUUUACCUGUCCACUGGAGCCAGCGACGCCAUCGUGACUCUUCUGAAGCUGCUGGUGUCGGGUGAGGGGAGGUCUCGCACAGGGGUACUGAUCCCCAUCCCUCAGUACCCCCUGUACUCGGCAGCCCUGUCGGAGCUGGGUGCUGUGCAGGUCAAUUACUACCUGGACGAGGAGAACUGCUGGGCCCUGGAUGUGCAGGAGCUGCGGAGAGCGCUGACUGCAGCCAGGCAGCACUGCCAGCCCAAAGUACUAUGCAUCAUCAACCCGGGCAACCCCACCGGUCAGGUCCAGAGCAAGAAGUGCAUUGAAGAUGUGAUCCGAUUCGCUGCCGAAGAGAAGCUCUUUCUGAUGGCGGACGAGGUCUACCAGGAUAACAUCUACGCACAGGGCUGCCAGUUCCACUCCUUCAAGAAAGUUUUGUAUGAGAUGGGGCCUGAGUACUGGCACACUGUGGAGCUCGCCUCCUUCCACUCCACAUCCAAAUGCUACAUGGGAGAGUGUGGGUUCCGGGGCGGGUACAUGGAGGUGAUCAAUCUCGACCCCCAGGUCAAGCAGCAGCUCGUCAAGCUGGUGUCGGUGCGGCUGUGUCCCCCUGUCCCGGGACAGGUCCUGUUGGACGUCAUCGCCAACCCCCCCAGAGAGGGGGAGCCCUCGUACGAGCAGUUUAUCAAGGAGAAGACUGCAGUUCUGAAUAACCUGGCAGAGAAGGCCCGGCUCACAGAGGAGAUAUUCAAUACUGUUCCAGGGAUCAAGUGCAACCCGGUGCAGGGAGCCAUGUACUCCUUCCCCAGGAUUGAGAUCCCAGACAAGGCUGUGAAGGAGGCCCAGGCGAAGGGUCAGUCUCCAGACAUGUUCUACUGCAUGAAGCUUCUGGAGGAGAUGGGGAUCUGCGUCGUACCGGGCAGUGGCUUCGGACAGAGAGAGGGGACACACCACUUCAGGAUGACUAUUCUCCCGCCAACAGAGAAGCUCAGGAUCCUUCUGAACAAGCUGAAGGAGUUCCACGAGAGGUUCACCCGCGAGUAUUCCUAAACAGACCCCGAGAACCAAGCACAGCAAUCCCACCCAGAGUAUCUGAACGGAGACCCUUUCCAUGAGGGAACCCAGAGAAAAAAUCCAGCCAUCUUCUGUCACAGGAAAAAAUCCAAUGCACAAAAGCCACAGUGUAAAUAUUUGCCAGCAGAUUCCAGGCUACAGCCUCCCAGGGCAGUGUGGUCUGUGGACUGGAGAUGGGGAUUCUGGGUGCAGAUCCCACACCAGCCGUCGUCAAAGUCAGAUGUACUCCAGGGUGUUACUGCUUUUAAUGGUCAUUUUAAAUUUUACAUUUAUGUUGUGCAUUUUGCAAUAGAAAACAGAACUAAUAUCUGUAGAAAACAAAAAUAUAUCAAGAAAUCUGGGAAAGUAACAUUUAUUGAGAGAGAAAUGCAGAUUGUCUUAACCUGUGUAGUUUUCUAAUAGUUAUAAACACUACUGCUAGGGCGUUGACUUUUUAAAAGUGUAAAACAAUUGUUGUAUUAAAAAGAAUAUCUUCAUCAGUUUAUUUCAUUUUGAAGGCGGUCUAAACAAAAACUUCAAAUUUGUAGAGAUUAAAAGUAAAAACGUGGGGUUUACUGUGUUUUUACUGAAUAUUCUUUCAAAAAUCAAACAAACACUCUUUGAUUUGGAAUUAUCUGGAAUUUAAUUUGCGCACAUUAGUUAAAAUAAAAAUAACAACCUGUGUAUCUUAGUACCUCCGUGCCUGGAAGCGACCCUGUGUUGUAGCUCCUUCCUUACUUAUUAAUAUAGUACCUCACUACAGAAGCCAUCUCUCUAGGUGCCUUGUCAUGAAGUGAUUUUGUUGUAAUACCUCAGGUUGUUAUUAGACUAUGCUCUGCUCACCACUGCGCCUUAGCCCCACAGCUUCAAAGUGUUUUUAUAGGGUGAAAGGGAAGCAGAGAGGUAUGGUAAAUCCUAUUUAAAAAUAAGGCAAACUAUGGUAAAGAAUGGGAAAAGUAACUGCAAAAUGAUGUGCAAAUUUUUAUAAAGGAUGAAAAGCCAAGAGAAUGACUGUGAAGAUGCUGGUCUAGUGUCUUUUUUUUGCCUGACCAGGCUGCGCUGCAAAGUAUAUUGAAGCAUCCUUCCCCUGUGGUUCCCACAAGCUUUGACUGGAUUGCAGAGCAUUACCUCUGUUCUCUGCUUGCGGUGCUCAGACACUAAAGUGCCUUAUUGUGUAACCGGGAUCGGAGUUGCUAUAGUAACGUGAGCUCUGUAUUCACGUGUUUGCUCUCAGUGUCAACGGUGCACACACUGGGGUCCCCGAGAAAUUCUGGAAGCUUCUCUUCUGUACAAUGUCUUGUGUUUUUAAAGUACAGUAAAAUGUUCUUUUAGUGCUGUGGGGAUAAUGUCCACAUUACCCAUUUACUUUCACUGCGGUUCAUCCCUAUUCAAAAUUGGUUUUAAGAAGCCCCACCCCAAAAAGACAAGUUUGAGAACUUCUGCUUUACUGAGAGAGAUGCUCUGCCAGUCUCAGACAAGCUAAACCCCUGUCUUUCAUCACAUCUCACUGGAUAUCAAUGCCAGGUAGCUGGCUACUACUGGUACAGUACAGCCUGCAGCUGUAGCAUUCAGGUCUCCUUAAAUUGCACAAUUAAUGAAAUAUUAUGAAAUCAUGCAUAAUUUACUGUAAAUGUAGGUGUUAUCUGAAAUGUUUAAUUACGUUUUAAAUAAAGACUU